CGAGAUUGCCUCUCUUCCUGUACGUCACUUCCUCUCCGCACCGGUCCUCACGUUUCUUGUCCUCCGUGGAGCGGUCAUGCCGAAAAUGAGUAAAGAGACCAAACAGCGGCUGCAACAGCUUUUCCAGUGUGGACAGUUUGUCAUCCGGUGGGGCUUUAUCCCAACUGUCUUGUAUCUUGGGUUUAAACGUGGAGGAGAUCCAGGCAUGCCUGAACCUACAGUCCUGAGUUUGCUCUGGGGUUGAGGCCCAGAAUCUUGAUUUUCUUCUUCAAGACCAUGUGAUCCUUCUGUUUUGGACGUCCAGAAUAAAUCUGGACUUCCUUCUUGUCACUUUCCUCUUCACAAUGUCAGACCUGUAUAUCUGACAACAACAAAUGCAUGUCAGUGGUGGCCACCUGGAGAUCUGAACACAAUGGGAAUUGUCUUGUCCUAGUCAGGGAUGAUGCCAGUGUGCGGCAAUGAUGCUUGGAAAUACCAUUCAUUCCAUGGUUUUCAUCUUUUUUUUGUUUAAAUAUCCUAAAUAAAUUCUCAAUGUUAACAAAAACCAA